AUGAGCUCUAUGAGGAAAAGUACUAGCUCAAAUGAUGAACCGAAAGAUGAAGUUAAGAUGGUCAAAAAUAUUGGUCUGUUGAAUAGCAUUACUAUCAUUAUUGGCUCAAUGAUUGGCUCAGGGAUAUUUGUUAGUCCAACUGGGAUAUUAGAAAAUAUGCAAAGCUUGGGAGCUAGUCUUGUUAUCUGGGUAUCAUGCGGAUUAUUUUCGAUGCUUGGCGCUUACUGUUACGCUGAACUUGGAACUUUAAUUCACCGUUCAGGUGGUGACUAUGCCUAUGUAUUAGAGGCAUUUGGUUCCUUUAUGGGAUUUUUGCGUUUUUGGAUUGAAGUGAUGGUGGCUAGACCUGCCACAAUGGCUGUUAUCGCAAUGACUUUUUCUAAAUACAUGCUCCAACCUAUAUUCCCAGACUGUCAACAGCCAGAUUCUAUAAUACGUUGUUUAGCGGCAAUGUGCAUACUAAUUCUUGGUUUUGCAAAUGCAUAUUCAGUGAAACUAGCUACACGGAUUCAAGAUAUAUUUACCUUAGCUAAAAUGCUUGCCCUGCUGUUGAUUAUUGUCACAGGUUUCGUUUGUAUGGGAUUAGGUUAUACGGAUGAGUUUAAAGAACCAUUUGAAGGCUCCAACUGGUAUCCAGGAAGUAUUGCUAAAGCUUUCUAUUCUGGACUAUUCGCUUAUUCUGGUUGGAAUUAUUUAAAUUGUAUGAUUGAAGAAAUGGAGAAUCCUAAACGUGAUUUACCAAUUUCAAUUGUCUUCUCAUGUCUCGUUGUCACUGUUGUUUAUACAUUGGCUAAUGUUGCUUAUGUUACAGUGGUUUCAUUGCAUGAAAUACUGACUACACCAGCUGUUGCUGUGACAUUCGCUAAUAGAAUUUACGGUCCAGCUUGGUGGAUUAUGCCAAUAUUUGUUGCUUUUUCAACAUUUGGUGGUGUCAAUGGGAAUAUGUUGACUACUUCAAGAAUAUUUUUUGUGGCUAGUCAAGAGGGUCAUAUGCCAAAGUUUAUUUCAUUUAUUCACAAAGAUAAGUUGACACCGAUUCCAGCUGUUAUAUUUACAUGUGUUGCCAGUCUUUCCUACCUACUUGUGACAGAUCUUUACUCACUAAUGACAUAUUUAGGAUUUGUUCAGUGGUUAGCUAUCGGUGUUUCAGUUGCCAUAGUUAUUGUCUUUCGUUUCACUCGACCUAAUGUACCAAGACCUGUCAAAGCACCCCUCAUUUUCGCAAUAACUUAUGUGAGUAUUACAUUCUGUCUGGUAAUAUUCACACUAAUUGGCGCUCCGUAUGAAUCAACUGUUGGGAUACUUAUCAUAUUAACUGGUAUACCAUUCUACAUAUUUGGAUGCGUAUGGAAGAAUAAACCAUACAGAUAUGAACAGAUACUAUACUUCGUCACUAAGACUAGCCAAAAACUGAUGAAUAUUCUACCAGAGACAUCAUCUUCACAGGGGAAGUAA